AGUAGCCGGAGGCACAUUUCAGACGGAUUAUCUGAAGGUAACAUAGAAGGGUUUGGCAGGAUAGUAGUUGGACACUACAAAUUGACAUGUGUCUUUUUAUUGUAACAGUAAAUGUACUCAAGAAAACGCUUACUUAAAGAAACAGUGAACGGGUUUUUGAUUUGACCUGAUUGUUUCCAGAGGGAUUCCUCAGGUUAUGUACAGGUUAACUGGCUAAUCCAACGAGAUAACUAGUUAAAUCCGUGGUUGCUAAUCCUUUUCAGACACGUAUCCUCUGAACACCGUUAAAAAGAGUAGGAGGAGUGUCCUACUGCAACGACCGUUACGAUAACAACGACAAAGUAUUGUAACCACAACUCGAAAGUUUUUUUUUAGUUGGACAUGUUUGAGAGAGACUGAAUACAAAAUCAUUUAUUUUCCGUAAACUGAUAGCCUACUAGUUUCGUCUGAAAGAAUGCGGACUAAACUUGAAGUGGUGAAACGGAAACGUGACGCUGGUGAAUGUGAAAGGGUCACUUCUUGUUCAGCAGCAGAAACAUUAGGUGCCAGUGUGCCGCUCCUCAGGGCAUGAAACUUCUACCCAAGUUUGCACCGAGGAAGGAAGCGACAACAUGGCACUCUGCGGAAGAAGGCACCGACCAAAGAUACUUUUCUCAUUCUUGAGUGUCACUUUAGUGGGAUAUCUAGUGUUUUUCAGGCACAACUCAGUGGACGUGAGUGUGACAAACCGACAAGAGCCCUCCGGGGAGCGAGAGGUGGGGAAUGAAGAGCUAAAGAAACCCGUCUACGAGAGGCCCCCCAUGGAUUUAUUAGCCCUGGGUGAAAUGGGGAGAGCCGUCAAGCUGAAUCUGAACGGAGAGGAGAAGACAAAAGAGGAAGAAAGCAUCAAAAAACAUCAGAUAAACACUUAUGUCAGUGAUAAAGUGUCGCUACACCGCAGUUUGCCAGAGAGAUGGAACCCACUUUGCAAAGAGGUGGAGUAUGACUACAGGUCCCUGCCAACAACCUCCGUUGUCAUCACCUUCUACAACGAGGCCUGGUCCACCCUGUUGAGGACGGUCCACAGCGUCCUGGAGACGUCUCCGGACAUCCUGCUGAAAGAGGUGGUGCUGGUGGACGACUACAGUGACAGAGCUCAUCUGAAGGGGCCAUUGGAGCAGCACAUCUCAGGUUUGAGGAAGGUGCGUUUGAUCCGGGCCACCAAGAGGGAGGGGUUGGUGCGUGCCCGGUUGCUCGGGGCAUCCAUUACCACGGGUGAUGUGCUGACCUUCCUGGACUGUCACUGCGAGUGUCAUGACGGCUGGUUAGAGCCUCUGCUUCACAGGAUCAAAGAGGAGCCUUCGGCGGUGGUGUGUCCUGUCAUUGAUGUGAUCGACUGGAACACUUUCCAGUAUUUAGGGAACUCUGGUGAACCUCAGAUUGGAGGCUUUGAUUGGCGGUUGGUCUUUACCUGGCACACUGUCCCAGAAUAUGAACAGAAACGCCGUCGAUCGCCUAUUGAUGUCAUCAGGUCUCCUACUAUGGCAGGUGGUCUGUUUGCUGUGAGCAAGAACUACUUCCAAUACCUGGGAACAUACGACACAGGCAUGGAGGUGUGGGGGGGGGAGAACCUGGAGUUCUCCUUCAGGAUUUGGCAGUGUGGAGGCAGCCUGGAGGUCCACCCAUGCUCCCAUGUGGGCCACGUGUUCCCUAAAAAGGCCCCCUACUCACGCAGCAAAGCUCUGGCAAACAGUGUGAGAGCCGCUGAGGUCUGGAUGGAUGAAUUCAAAGACGUCUACUACCAUCGAAACCCCCACGCACGACUGGAGGCCUUUGGAGAUGUGACAGCGCGGAGGAAGCUUAGAGAGAAGCUGGGCUGUAAGGACUUCAGGUGGUAUCUGGAUAAUAUUUACCCCGACAUUCACGUCCCAGAGGAUAAGCCGGGCAUGUUUGGAAUGCUGAAGAGCCGCGGCAAAUCCAACUACUGUUUCGACUACAACCCUACAGACGAGCACAACGUGGUGGGACAAAGAGUCAUCCUGUACCAGUGUCACGGCAUGGGGCAGAAUCAGUUCUUUGAGUACUCCACAGAAGGGGAGAUCCGCUACAACACCAGGGAGCCUGCUGGGUGCGUUGUGGGUGACCCCAUCAGCACCUACCUGACCCUCCAGCUGUGUCGGAAACGAGGACAACCCAUGCCUCAAGACCAGAAGUUUGUCCUCCGGGAGGACGGUAGCCUGUACCAUGAGCUGAGCCAGAAGUGUGUGCAGGCGGUAGACAAGACAGAAAACGGGACCCCAGCCCCCUCACUCCAGCCCUGCUCCGACAGCCCGCACCAGAAGUGGUUCUUUGAGGAGAGAAUGUAAUGGUAUCAAACUAGCAGAUAUUUAUAUUUUUCAUUCAGGGCUGAUAUCCUGUGGAGGGAUAUGUUUUCCACACAUUUUUGUGCCAGCUGGACUCAAUGGACCAAUUAGAAAUGAUACCGACAAGUACUUACUUUAAGUACUUUGUAAAUAUAUAGGGGGAUAUUUUUUCUAGGAUGCUGUUGCUGGGAGACAGGAGCCAACUGAAAUAUGCAUUGUUUUUUCUAAUCAAGAAGGCACUUUUACAUGCUGAUAUUUUGCAUUUUUUUCUCCUUUGCACACUUCUCUAGUAGGGCAAUCUUUUAGCUCAACUUAGCACUUGCUUCACGCACACAUGGACACUGAAACGUCUGUGUGUCGGUCUUAAUGAAAAUAACAGUUUUACAUCUCUUUUAACAAACUCAAAGCCUCUCAUGUGCUAGUGGCUGACAUUUGCAGAGCCGCAUCAUCAUGAGGCAUUUUCAAAAUGUUUCAACUUCUCCUGUAGAGGGGGCCAACGCUCCUCUCUGCAAGUUCCUCUCUUUUACUGUUUUCUCUCUUCGUAGAGAGAAAGUUGGAGAAAUAUUCAGGUAUUUCGUUAGGAAUCUUUUGAGUGCUUUAUACUCUUACACACAGUGGCUUAGGAAAAGCCUUAAAGGGGACCUAUCAUGCAAAAUGCCCUUUUUGAUGUCUUUUAUACAUAAAUAUGUGCCCCCGGCAUGUCAGGGAACUCACAAAGUGUCAGAAAAUAAAACCCUCUCUCUUUUCCUCCGCAUAUCUCUGAAAAACGGGGCUACAACGAGCUGAUCUAGAUUUGCCAUCCGAUAUGACGUUAUUUACGUAAUAUCGGCACCCACGUGGUGGACCCACGGCCCUAUCAGAAAGUUGCUAUCAGAAUCAAGGCCCGACGUGUUUUGGACGUAAUAUGGCCUUUGUUUACAUUAGCAAGCAUC